CCUUUUUUUUUUUUUUUUUUUUUUUUCAAUGCUGGUCACGUCAUGCUUAAGAGCAUGGCGAGAUUUUUGUAGGAGCCAUAACCAGUGUGUUAGCUCAGGCUGGAUCAAGAUAUUUGCGGAAGGGACUCAACUCAUAGUAAUUCCCGGUGAUAGGAGCUAUGGUUCCGAGUUCUACCCCAAGCCUACUAUUUUUCGUCCUUCAGCUGCUGAAAUAAACCUUCAUAAGGCUGGAACACAUCUUUGUCUUCUUGAGAAAUUUUUCCCUGAUGUUAUCAAGGUAUACUGGAAGGAAAAAGACGGCGAUACAAUUCUGGAAUCUCAGCAGGGAAAUACCAUGAAGGUUGGCGACAGCUACAUGAAAUUCAGCUGGCUGACCGUGAGUGAAGAGUCAAUGCAUAAAGAACACAGAUGUAUAGUCAAACAUGAGCAUAAUAAGGUGGAUCAAGAGAUUCUUUUUCCUGCAAUAAAGAAAGAAGCUGCUGUUAUUAAUCAUAAAAUAGAAGUUAAUCUGGAAGACAAAAGUGAAGCUGCUGUUAUUAAUCAUAAAAUAGAAGUUAAUCUGGAAGACAAAAGUGAUAUAUUUCAGCUGCAGCUCAUCAAUACCUCUGCCUUCUACACCUACCUCCUCCUCCUCCUCAAGAGCCUGGUCUACUUGGCAGUCAUUUCCGUCUGCCUGGUUAGGAGAACAGCAGUCUGUGACCAUGGCAAGAGUUCCUAACAGAUGAUGGUACAAAAGGAUCAAUUUUUCUCUUCUUUUUUUUGUCUCUGAACCUGUCUGCUGAGGACCUAGUUGGACUUUCCGUGUUUAGAUGAUUUCAGUUCACAUGUGCAUUUUUUCUAUGAUGUCAUUUUUGCAUAAUGAUUUUCAAACCACUGGGCAAAAGAAAACUUCACUGUGUAACAUAACAAAUUCUGCCAUUACUCAGGGGCAGGGCCAAAGGGCACCCUUUAGCACCAUCUUCCCAUAAUCCCCGUCAGCUCCUCUAGCUACGCCUAAUCAUCACGCCUUCUGAGUACAGACAGCACGCAGCCUCUAGUCACACUUCUUAGAGCUUUUGCACCAAACAACUGCUCUGAACGUUCCAUUUUACGCACCCAGAAGACUCCAAAUCUGCUACUUGAAUUCUGUAUUUUGUUUUUCAUAAGACAAUAAAAAAA